AUGGGCUUCCCGUGGUAUGGCUUCGCCUGGACUGCUCAUGUCUUCACCGCCAGUAGUACCCUGGACGUCCUGGUGAUAGUUUUGUAGGUGCUGGUCCUGGGCAUCGCGCUGUGGGCUGUAUUGUCAAGCAGUCGUGGGACAGUAGAAGACUUCUUCCUGGCUGGCUGAAAUCUAGCAUGGUGGCAGAUAGGUGCUUUUCUUUUUGCCUCGAAUAUUGGCACUGGGCACUUUAUGGGCCUGGUUGGAAAGGGGGUGUCUUCAGGGAUUGCUGUUGGGGCCUUCGAGUGGAAUUCUCCAUUUAUGCUCUGUGUUCUUGGUUGGGUAUUUUCUCCCAUUUACAUUAAGGCUGGGGUAGUAACAUUGCCCAAAUAUUUGAGGAAGAGGUUUGGUGGCUACUGGAACCAGUUCCUCCUCACUAUUCUGUACUUCUUCCUUUAUAUCUUCAGUAAGAUCUCGGUGGAGAUCUGCACUGGCACCAUGUUCAUGAGGCUGGUUUUGGGGUUGGAUGUUUACCUGGCCACCGUAGUCUUGCUGUCAGUUACCGGCAUUUAUGCCAUCACAGGUGGUUUUGCGGCUGCAGUUUAUACUGAUAUCUUACAUGCUGGCGUUGUGGUUCUGGGCUCAGUCUUGUUAAUGGGCUAUGCCUUUAAGGAGGUGGGAGGAUACCAGGAACUACAGCGUAAGUACAUGGAUGCUAAGCCCACCCUCAUCUGUGAAGGAAACUGGACCGCCCAGCCGGAAUGCUUCAUUCCUCGUCUGGAUUCUUUCCAUAUCUUCCGAGAUCCCACCACUGGAGACAUCCCCUGGCCUGGAGUCAUCUUUGGCAUCUCCACCCUCUCCUUGUACUACUGGUGCACUGACCAGAUUUUUGUCCAGGGCUGCCUGGCAGGGAAGAGCAUGUCUCAUGUGAAAGGCGGCUGUGUCUUGUGUGGGUACCUGAAGCUGCUGCCCAUGUUCAGCAUAGUGAUGCCACGGAUGAUCAGCCGCGUCCUGUACACAGAUAAAGUGGCGUGUGUUGUGCCUUCAGAGUGUGAAAAGUACUGUGGCGCCAGAACUGGCUGCAGCCCUCUCGCCUACCCCGUGCUGGUGGUGGAGCUGCUGCCCAGUGGUGUUCGAGGCUUGAUGGUGUCCGCAUUCUGGGCCUCUCUCAUGUCCUCCCUGACUUCUCUUUUCAGCGGUGCCAGUGCCGUGUUCACAAUGGACAUCUACGCCCAGAUACAGCUGAUGGCCACUGAAAAUGAACUCAUGCUAACAGGAAGGUUUUUUGUUAUAAUCUUACUUGCUGUCUCCAUUGCAUGGGUCCCUGCUAUACAAGUGGCACACAGGGAACAACUAUUUGAAUACAUGCAAGCAGUUUUAAGUUACCUGAUGCCGCCCAUUGCUGCCAUCUUCCUGCUUACCAUAUUUUGCAAGAGAAUCACUGAGCAGGGUGCCUUCUGGAGGCUGACUGGUGGACUUCUGAUUGGCUUCUGCCGCAUGGUGUCCAAGUUUGCCUACGGGGCCUGGAGCUGCUCGACAAACAGCAGGUGCCCUCGGAUCAUCUGUGGCGUGCACUACCUCUUUGCCGUCAUCCUCUCCACCAUCAGUCUUUUCACCGUCCUGGGGAUCUCCUUGUUCACAGACCCGAUUCCAGAUAAACAUCUACGCCGCCUCUGUUGGAGUUUAUGGAACAGCCAAGAGGAAAGGGUCGAUCUGGACAAAGACACACAAGGGAAGAGCCCCGCACCGCAGGCACGGCCAGACAUAUUUGAGGAGGCCAGGAGCUGCCUUUGGAAGGCCUGGGAUGUGUUCUGCGGACUGGAGCCACUGCCAGGCCCCAGACCCGCCCCGGAAGAGGCAGUCGUGCAGAAGAUGGAGUGUGGUGACACGGAAGGGACACAGCACAGUGCCACUUCUGAAGGGACAGAGAAGCGCGACAUGCUGGAAGGAACAAAGCUCCGAGACAUGCCAGAGAUAUCCCACUGGAGAAAAGUGCCCAACGUCUGCGGGUUCCUCUUGGUAUCGCUCACAGUGCUCUGCCACUUCUACUCCUCCUAGGCAGCCUGCGGGGACGUCUGGGGAACGGGCGAACCACCGCCUCUUGCAAAUGCCCUCAUCGUCGACAGGAGGAAACAUUUCCUACGGGGAGGCCCACGGACGUGGACCAAGGAUCACACUGAUGAAAACGCGCCCGCAGCGUCAAUGCUGCCGGCUGACGGGCGGCGAAGCCCACUGGUGAGGGCAGAGACCGAAGAUGAGCACGUCUGUCCUCUGUGCGAUGAGUCAUUCUCCCCAGAUGGCCCCACUGCACAAACACUGGCUUUCACUUUAAAUUUAAUUUUGGCUUUUUAUCUCUAGAUAUAUUUGGGGGUUUUGCUUGUGUUUACUGUCACCAUUUCCUUCCUAUACCCACCUCUGUUUGCUGUGUUCUCUCCUCCUUUGUAAAGGUAUGGCUGCUGGCAAAGAUGCUCCUCCUCGCGCCAAGGGUCCCACCCACAAGGGGCUGUGCCUACUGCCAAUGACCACACAGGCCAGCUGGCGCCAAGGCUGCCGCGGAUGGAAACGUUGGCUCCUGCCUGGACCCGUGGUGGGGCUGAGGCGGUCUCUGCCUGAGGACCAGGCCUCCCUGUGGCUCAGCUCUGGCUGCUCCCCUAAAGGGCAGGUGGAGAGGAAACUUCCCUCCUUGUUGAGCUCCUCCCAGUUCCUCCCAGUCUGCCUGCUACUGGGAGUUGGGCCCAGGGGCUGGAUCCCCUUUAGCUGUCAAGUAUAGACCAGUCCUGGGCUGUGUCUCUGGGAGAGGCUCCCUAAGCCACCCCUUCCUCUUCCUUCUUCUUAGACCAAAAUAAAUGAUUUGGGUCUUUAGAAAAAGUUUCAGAUGCCUUGAAGUGAUUUGGGGGAGGCCCACCCAACAUUGCAAAAGUCACACUCUGAAGGUGCAGUCGGGACCAGGCCCCCAUCCCUCGUUUAGUCUUUCAGCUGACAUUUUUGAGUGCCUGCUAUGUGCCAGCACUGCUGGGAAGCAGUCAUGGACAGAGCUCAUGGUCCAGGGAAGUAGACAAUGAAACACGAGCGGUGAUGGCCAGCACCUCAUGUGGCCCGCUAUUUCCCUGCCCAGGUUAUCAUCACGUUCAAGCCAUGGAGCCACCCCAUGUGGAAGGACCAGAACCACAUUUCACAGAGGAGGAGACUGAGCUCAGCCAGGGGACCAAGUAAAUGGGCCCUCUGUGCAUGUGCACGUGGCAGGAGCGCCCACAGGGAGGAGGCCUCCCGUGACUGAAGUGGGAGGUCAGCUAGCUGGAUAACAGAGGGACAACAUGUGGGAAGACAGGGUGAGGCAAGGGUGUGAGGAGGCCAGA